GCAUGAUGACGUAUCUGUGGCACGAAAAUUGACAUUUCCUCGUUCGUGUGUGUCUCGGUACAUGUCUGUGCAAUGAGGAAAGAGCACACGAGUGCUUGUUUCGCUUCGUUCACUUGCAUGCUGCCGUGGUUUCUGCGCUAGUCAGAAUGGAUCACGUAACCAAGAUUAAUGACGGAUUCUACAUGACAACCACCAAAGCACCGGUCAACAUCGCUGUAAUUAAAUACUGGGGAAAAACCAAUGAAGACUUGAUAAUUCCUGCGAACGACUCACUCAGCCUAACGUUGAGCACUGAACACUUGUGUGCAACAACCACCGUUGCAGUUGGAAAAAAAUUUAGAGAGGAUAGAAUUUGGCUUAAUGGAAAAGAGGAAUUAAUACGUUCCCCAAGACUACAGAACUGCCUACAUGAAAUCCGCAAGAGGAGUCGAGAGUGCCUCCAUGCACACAACUUUCCUGACUAUGUGGAUUGGAACAUUCACAUAUGUUCUGUGAACAAUUUUCCAACAUCUGCAGGGCUGGCAUCAUCUGCUGCUGGCUACGCAUGCUUAGUGCAAUCAUUAGGAACGCUCUUUCACAUUGAAGGGGACCUCUCUGGGAUUGCACGGCGAGGUUCAGGAAGUGCCUGCCGAAGCAUGUAUGGUGGUUUUGUGGCCUGGGUGAAGGGGAGUAACCCUGAUGGUUCGGAUUCUGUCGCAAAACAGGUUGCUUCUAGUGACCAUUGGCCACAAAUGCGCGUGAUCAUUCUUGUGGCAAGUGAUGCCAAAAAGGACACAUCAAGUAGUCAUGGGAUGGCACGAACAAUGGAAACGAGUGCCUUGAUACAGGAAAGAGUGAGCAACGUUGUGCCACGACGCAUGAAAGAUAUGACAGAUGCUAUCCUUAAACGAGACUUCAACAAGUUUGCUGAAAUCACAAUGAAGGAAAGUAACCAGCUGCAUGCAGUCUGCCUGGAUAGUUAUCCACCUAUCCAUUAUAUGACCUCUGCAUCCUUGGAUGUUGUCAGCCUGGUUCACCAUUACAAUGGGUUCUAUGGCACUAACAAGCUGGCAUACUCUUUUGAUGCUGGUCCAAAUGCCUGCCUUUUUUUGUUGGAAGAAUCACUACCUGAGGUGCUUGCCCUUGUUAAAUAUGCUUUUCCAACAAGUACAAGAGAAGUGGAUUUUUUCCGGGGCAGACCAGCAGUUAUUGGAAAGAUGUCACAGGAGCUUGUGGAGUACAUGGCCAUCAAUCCACAACGAGAUGCCAUCAAGUUUGCUAUCAUCACGCAUGUGGGUCAUGGCCCGGAGCCACUGGGUGAUCCUGAGGCACACCUUCUGGACAUUCAUGGUUAUCCGAAGUGAGCACACCACAAUGACUCGCGCAUGGAGACACCUCAGUAAAAACAAAUAUGGCGUUAGUGUUUACAUUACUCGUGACAAAAAAUGGACCUUCCUGAUGACCUAGCUUAACCUUACUUAACAACCUAACAUAAUACGAUCAAGGUUAAGCCUCAUACUUUUGCAAUGUUAUACCUUUAAUGUGAUGUAAUGCUAAAGCUUGCAGUGCUCUUUAACUUCUGAAACUACCCACGUGUGCACUCUUUACCUUGUUUAAGAGGAACAGGUGAGUGUAUGCAGUCAUGAGUGCAUCUUAGUAGCACCACAGUGAGCCACUGACUUGUGUGUUUCAUUAAUACAAAAGGUCACAGACCAAUGUCAAAAAAAAAAAAAAUCAUGUUUCAGGAUCUGUAUAGAUCCCUUGUUCACAAGCUGACCAAUGUUAGUUCACUAGUAUUGGUCUACUUGUUGUAUUAAUGAUGAUUUUACAUUCCCAGACUGUUACAUCAAAUUUUUGAUGAAACAGUCUGGAAGUACAUAUGUAUGUGUGUCUGACAAAGUUAUCUUUCUUAUGCAUAUUGUUAUGCAAGCAAUUGUGCAUUAUCAACUGUGCCAUGUGUUGUCUGGUAAACUCAUUUUGCCUAUGCUGCACCUUCCAUAUUCAAGAUUUUGGCUAGAAAAUCUUUGUUUGAGGUAGAAAAUUAAUGGAGGAGCAGGACCAGCAGCUCGUCUGCUAAGUUUCUAUGCACAAAGUGGUUACCAUGCCAUCACUUGCAGGCCAGUUGAGAGGCAGUGUUGUAAAGGCAUACAGUGUGCAGUAUUUAGGGUGAACGGACAAGCUAUCAUGUUUUACUAAGAAUGGCAGCAUCUACAAGCGUACACUGUGUUAGUUUCAACGCCCAAUCAGUUACUGCAGCGACCUCCAUGUGUCGUGCAGCGGCGAGUGACGUGUAACACUCAAAAGGCAAACUUUUCUUCAAUGAGUAAAAGCACCACCAUUACUGCAUAGCGUGUAAUAAGAUCUACCUAGAGCUGUCUCCAAUCAGCUACUUGCUGUGGCCUCUUAGUUUGACGGCUUCUGCUGUGUUGUUGAAUAUGUUCAGUGCUGGCACGUGUUCUUACUGUGCCAUUUGAAGAGUGCCACUGAGUGCCUAACGCUGAUCUCUCCUGUUUUCUCUGUAGAGGCUAGAUCCACUAGAUCCACUGACCAUGGCCGGUAUUUUGUAGCGAUGCCUUAUGCCUUAUUCUAUACUAGUUGUAUCAUCCACCGCUCACGGCCGGCUGAUCCCGGCACAUGUGAAGCAGCCAACACUGAGCUUAAAAAUGUUAAGCAUUUAAAAUAUGUAUAGUAUUCUUUUUGUUUUUUGUUUUCUCUCUGGGCUGAAAACCAGGCUAGAAAGCAACAGUAACAAAACCGCAACUGUAUUCAUAUGGUGUCACUGGUAUGACACCGUAUGAACACAGUAUGCUUGACAAUGUGAGCUUAACGGAGGGUUGCCUUUUCAAACCCAAAGAUAUUGUUUGGAUACGAAGUGUCGUGUAUUCACAAGUUCACUCUAACCAAGGUAAAAAUGUAUGCUUAAAGCUGCACGCACAUUUAUCAAUUGCACAGUAUAUGUGUCCCUCUUGCAUUUGUGCUGUUGAUUAUAUCUGUGGAUGUGGCUUUUCUUAUCUGUGUUAUGCUUUGUGCAUAGUGCGCAGAUAUGUAUUUGUUACUUCACAAUGCUUUCUUAGAAUUUGUAUUUAUGUAUGUCAUAGGCAAAAGUUAUAAAAAUGGUUUCUAAUCACCAUACAAGGCACUUUAUUAUCUUGUGAUCCUGUUUGUGGCAGCUUAAUUUUCAAUGAUUAUUGUUGCCUUAAGCAAUAAUACAGCUGGUCAUACAUGUUCCGCUCUUCAUGUGCAAGUGACUUAUGUAUCAAGACGCAAUCCUCAGAUUUCCUGGUGCAAAUGUGCCACUUCGUGACCUCACUGUGUAACAUGUUUAACUUUAUUGCAGUCUAAAUUUUCUUUAUGUUAAUCAUGAUAUUGCAAAACUGCAUUGUGCCACAGUACUGUUACUUACUUUUGGAAAAUCGGUUCCUACCCGCCGCUGUGGCUUAGUGGCUAUGAUGUUGCGCUGCUAAGCAUGAGGUCGCGGGAUCAAAUCCCAGCUGUGGUGGCCCAUUUCAGUGGGGGCGAAAUGCAAAAAUGCCCUGUCCCGUGCAUUGGGUACACAUUAAAGUGGUCAAAAAUAUCUGGAGUCCCCCAUUACGGCGUGCCUCGUAAUCAAAUCGUGGUUUUGGCACAUAAAACCCCAGAAUUCAUACAAAUCAGUUUUUAUUUAUGCUGCUUUUUCUGUGGAGCAUGCAGUAUUGAACAAGCUAUAUUACGUUUAUACCAGGUUAUCUAUUUUAAUGAAAACAGAUUUUAAAACAAAUGAGGUUUAACUGAUGCAAGGCUGCUUUCUUCACUGCACAUACCUUCAGCGCAGCAGACACUAGGUGGGAAAGUAGCCGUCGCUGUCCGUUUGCUUGUUAAAGGGCCCCUUAUUAGGCGACACAGCAAAUUUCGGUUAUAUUCUGAAGUUCUUACUAGGGAGUAUUCUACCGCAAGAAUUUUUCAAUUGGCUUGUUAAUAGCAGACAUAGAAAUACCGUAUUUUCGCGCGUAUAACCCACCCUUGCAUAUAACUCGCACCCCUAACUUUGAACUCCACGAAAAAGAAAAAAAAUAACCUCGCGUAUAACCCGCACGCGUAUACAAAACAAAAAUGAGGACUAGGAAGUUACAACUACAUGCAGUCAUCAUUUCGUUUUCAAAGCAAAUUUAUUUCAAAACGACUGCCACAACGUUGUCAGUGCUGUCGUCCGAUUCACUGCUGCCAUCCGAGGCUUCAUCGCUGCUCUCAAAGACGUAAUCGUCUUCGGAACCAUCUCGCAGCAGCUCUGUUGCCAAUUUCUUCAGCAGCGGCUACGAUCUUCAGUUUCUGUUUCACUGUAAAAGACUGCCGCCGAGACACACUCGUGAUGCCUAAACAAGGCUGGCCAACUGUGCAAACUGGGCUUUCAAGAAACAGCACCUGACUCAUGCGAAAAGCAUCCAACCAGACUAUGGAUGUGGAUCUGGCUAUAAUCUGUGUUCACCUCUUAUUCGCUUAACACAUGUCGAUGUCGAUAGGUAUGCGGACAACGCGGACUCUGCACGGUAGGCCGUGCGUUGCCGUGAAGCCGACUCCCACCCCCUUCCUUAGCGAAUCUUCGCAGAUAACCCGCACCCCCACUUUUUAAGCAAUUUUUUCCAAUUUUUGGUGCGGGUUAUAUGCGAGAAAAUACGGUAGGUCAUAGGCCAUGGCUUCUUUUCUCUCUCUCUCUCUCUCUCUCUCUCUCUCUCGUGUUUUUGCUGAGUGAGGUUCUUGUGCGUGAGCUGUUGCGUUUGUCUCAUUUCGCACAGCGGACUAUUUUGUGUUCUGUGCAUGAGAGCACCUGACUAGUGGUAUAAUUCAGUGCUAGACAAACACUGAGGUAGACACAAGCAGAUCACAGAGUAUGGUCGCAUAGUGUCACAUAGUAUCGUUGUCUACGAGCGUAACUGCACAACGUGAGAACAAGCAGAGGAAAUGAAAGUACAUCUCUCUUGCUACAGUACGAACUUAAACAAAAACACGCAGACAUUGGAUUUGUAUGUUUUAUUAAUUCUCUAAACUUUAAUUCGUCUAUUGAACUAACAGAUUAAAUAAAUAACUGAUGUUGCCUAGAAUAAUUCCCAGUCAUGUGUCACUGAGAGUGACGUCACAUCACGGCGAUGUACGUAGCGCACUUGCGAUAUCUACAUCACUCUCUGGCUGGGAGCACGGUGCCCGCGAGAAGGGCAAACGGCGUUUGGUUUGAAAUUUCUGCUCUUUCUGCGGUGCGUAGCGAUAUAAUACUUAGCAGACACAAUCGUUAGCAUGCAUUGUCAGCGCAAAAUGGCCACACCUGGUGAGGGACCCUUUAACUAAAAUUCGUUUUCUUGGUUACUAGAUUUAAGGCCCACGUUACAAUAGCAGUAUUGUAGUGGGGCACCGCAGAAGCUUGGAGCAAUAUACGCAACUUAAAAAAACUCCAUUCGUUGUUAAGAUAUUCAACAAAAAGUCAUUUUUUCGCUUCAUUAUCAAAACAAAGUGCACAAACAGUGCUCGAAGCACUACCCAUGUUAUUCUUAAUGCUGUCGUGAUGUAGAGCAGCUCGCUGCGAUCAGGGGCGGUAUCAGGAGACUCAGGAUCAGGAGACUGGCUGGCACCUUCCUGCACGUAAAGCAGCAGCCAAUCAGCGACAGCCAAAAUGGACAGUCCACUAAUUGGACUCUUACGGAAUACCGCCCCUGCUGAAGCAUCCAAUCCAUCGUCGUGCGUUUGUACUGCAAGGUACGGCAGGUCGCAAAGACAUGAUCUUUGUGAAGUAAGAGGAAGGUGUGCUCAGGUGACCGACACAUUGAUGUAAAGAAACCAAACGAGGCGGGAAGCAUCACAUGGGCCGUGCUUCUGGUGCCCUUCAUGCGCCCACUUAUGGUAUCGGAGCCGGGAAAAGUGAAUUUUCACAUAUGAAUAGUAUCUUAACAACAAAUGGCACUUUUAAAGUCCCAUAAAUUGCUAUUGCCUCCUGCAGCAUCCUCCUCCUUUACUACCAUUGCUGCAAUGCGAGUGUUAAAACCCAUCAUUAAAGAGGUAAUUUAAAAUAAUUAGUUGAUUAGUGAAUGGGCUGCGAUGGCUGCUUGACCGUCAAUUGGUUCGCUAUGCUGAAAGAAUAUUGAAGAAAGCAUCAUCACAUCAAUUAGAUCUUAUUUUUGAAAAUCUGUUUUCAUUAAUAUAGAUCACCCUGUAUAUAUUUGAUAAAAUUUAAAGCUGCCUGAUGGGAACAUAUCGUUUGCCACAAACCAUGCAUAAAUUGCCUUUCUGGUGGGAUGCUCUUGUGUAGCGAUGGUCAGUAUAAACUGUUUUCACACCUGCUCACAUUCCCUGCUUGUUUGUAGCAGUGCCUUGUAAGUUGGAUCAUCUGCCAACAUCUCGGGGCUUCUUUCACUUGCAAGACACAAAAGAAUGACGAUGUACUAAUUUUUAACUUUUUUUACCUUGUUUGGUGAUGGGAAACUUGAUAGUUUUAUUUCAGCCAAUACAAAGGUGUCUUAACAAAUUUACCAUUGUAGCGAAUGCAUUUUUUUAUGCAAUAAAAGCCAUGUUUUUGCCUUGG